UCCAAUGUUCCCAUCAAACACUUCAUUUAAUUCUAAACACACACACAAGCAAACAACAACACAACCAGUUUAAUAAAACAUUUUAUCGAUAUUUCAAAUCAUUGCUCAUCUCUAAUAUAAAAUUUAAAAAAUAAAACCAGUAUCACAGGUUCAACGAUCUCAGAGAGAACCGAGAACAAGAUACCUGCAGAUAUAAUCUCAGAUCGACCUCGCCUCCAUCGACCAGUUACUUUGUGUGGUUCUUAGGUGUGGUUUGGCUUGCGAAAGACAAAAACGAUACUUAAAUUUCGCGUCCAUUACAAUUAAGUUUUGGUAAACAUUAUCUGUGUCAGUUAAAGUUAAUAUAUAUUAUAGAUUUGGUAAGUUAUAGUUUUAUACCUAUUCAUCUAAUAGAAUUAAGACUUUUUUAUUCAAAAACUUGUCCAGUUUUUAGUUAUAUUUUACACUUAAAAUAAAAAUAACAUUCUUCAAAUUUAACUCGUUAUAAACAUUAUACAAUAUAAACAAAAUAGUAACAACAGUAAAAACACAGAAAAAACACACAGAAAACACGCACAGAAAAAACACAACCAACAACCAAACAGUAACUACAAUAAAAUUAAAAGAGACAAAAUAUACCAACAAACAGAUAAACCGCAAAACAGACAACAAACACACUAACGAAACUGUCUGUCUAAAUAAUUUAAUUCACAUAAAUAGUAAAUUAUAACCAACAAUAAAAAUAAACAAACAGAUAAACCACAAAACAGACAACAAACACACUAACAAAACUGUCUGUCUAAAUUUAAUUCACAUAUAUAGUAAAAAAAAAAUACAACAAACAACAGUAAAAUUAAAAUAUAAAAACUACAAUAACAAACACAUAAACCACAAAACAGACCACCAAAAACGCUCUACACAACAACAAUAAAAUUAAAAUAGACAAAAAUACUAACAAACAGAUAAACCGCAAAACACACAACCAAAAACGCUAAAAACUGUCUGUCUAAAUUUAAUUCACAUAUAUAGUAAAUUAUAACCAACAAUAAAAAUAAACAAACACAUAAACCGCAAAACAGACAACCAAAAACGCUAACAAACUGACUACUCAAUAUGACAUAAAUUUCUAUUCCAAAUUUCUUUCAUUAUCAGAUCAUCAAAGAUGCAACAUAAUAGUAUCUUAAUAAAGUCAGUUAAAAUAAAUAAUUCUUUUAUAGGACUGAAAUAUCAACAUGUUCAAUUGCACAUCUUGUAGUAAAUCUUUUAGUCGUAAAGAUAACUUAUUACGUCAUAUGAGGACUGCCUGUAGCAAGUCAAGAUUUUUCAAUCAAAGGGUUGCAAAGUCUACUGUGAAUGAAAAAAAAGAGAGAUUUUGUAAAGAUUGUAAUGUGCCAGUUUUGUCAAAUAUGUGGGUAGGACAUUUACUAUCCAACUUUCACAAAAACAAUUCUAAAAUGAUAGAAGAUAAAGGAGUUCAAAUUAUUAAGUCGGCGUUUAAGGAACGAAUAGUGUCAUACAGAAUUACUACAGAAAAAAAUAUUCUAGAUGUCAAACAAUAUUUUCAACAUUUGGAAUCAAAAAUUCAAUGCAUAUUAGACUAUCAGCUGAAUAAACAUACAUGUAUUAAAAUUAAUAUGGAACUUUUUGGCUACUAUUAUAACCCCACUAGUGAAAAUUAUGAUGUUAAAUCAUUUAAUACACCUUUCAAUGUAAUUUGCAAAGGCACCGAAACGAAAGACUUAAUGGAAAAACUUAUAAUAAUUAUUGAUAAAAAAGCUGACGAAUUUGCAGAAAGGGAUUCUGGUAAGUUAUAUUCAUAGUCAAUAGGCAAGAAUUAUUUUAUUGCUAUUUUUUUUUUUUUUUUUUUUUU